AUGUUGGCCAGCGAAAUGUACAUUGGCCAACCUUUCAGCCCGCCAUCGGUCGUCAGGGUCCGUCUGCCCCUAGUGGGAGACGCCGCUCUGGCAAGGGCAAGGAGGGUAAGGGCGCGGGUGGAGCUGGAGGCGGCGGUGGAGGUGGCGGUGGAGGCGGCGGAGGGAGUGGGGGUGGCGGCGGGAGUGGUGGCGGAGGCGGUGGUGGUGGUGGCAGCGGCGGAGGAGGCUGCGGUGGUGGCGGCAGCGGUGGGAGUGGUGGCGGCGGUGGAGGCGGAGGAGGAGGAGGCGUUGGCGGAGGAGGUGGAGCUGGUCGGGGUGGUGCCCCGCAGCGGAGCGGCGCUGGUAGUGGUGUGUCCCAGGUAG